UCCACAAAGAUGUGCUUAUCUUUUCAAAUCCUAUUCAGCAGAAAGAAUAGGAUAAACUAUUUCUCAACCAUUUCCUUCCUGAUUCAGCUGUUUUCUGCAUAAAAUCUGUAAAGUCAAGUAAACUGUGUAAACUGUGACCAUGGAAUCGGAUCAAAGCAUUUUUCAUGAUCUGCAGAAUUCAGGCAACAGAUGGUCUAAUUAUUUCAGGCAAAACCCAGAACGGCUUUCCUAUGGACUGCUGGCAUUGUUGUAUAUACUGAUCCUGGCUUUAUUCAUUACCGUAUUCUCCAAUUCCUCUUCAUCUGGAAAUCUUCAGCUUGUUAGCAAGAAGGAAAUUAAUGACUUCAACAGUAAAGUCAGCAAACUCUCUUCAGAAAUGGACCGGCUACAAUCAACUUUCAUAAAGAAGAAGUGUCAAGACGACUGGAUACAAUUUGAGAACAGCUGCUAUUACAUAAGCAAGACCAGAUUUGAUUGGACAGCAGCCAGGACCAUGUGCCAAAACAAAGAAAGUGACUUGCUUGUAAUUAACAACGCAAAAGAACAGCUUUUUAUUUCCGGCAAAACAAAUCCAUCCUCCUACAAGCGGUUCUGGCUUGGUAUGCACGAUACUGAUGAGGAAGGAUUGUGGAAAUGGGUGGAUGAAACAAACUAUGAAACAUCUUACAAGGGAAAAAACACAGCCAUGAUAUUGGCUGCAUGUCCGCUGGCUCCUAUGAAGGUCUUUGCAAUUUGCUACAUCGACAUUCAGAAAGGAGAAGCAUUAACCCAUCCACCAUUGAUACUUGAAUUCAGGCUGGGCACAGUGGUCAAAAAGUACUUGGGUGAUUUAUUUCUAAUCUUAAGAACUGUACAAUCAUUCUGACAUUCUGUGAUGGGCAUCUCAUGACCUGAAAUACAUCUCCCAAAUUUGUAAAAAUAGUACAGUGCUGUGAAAAAGUAUUUUCCCCUUGCUGAUUAAUUUUUUUGUGCAUAUUUGUCACAUUGGAUGGUUUUCAAGCAUUAACGGCCUUUAUACGGUCAUGCCACAAGAUCUCAGA